AUGUUUUUUCGACAAGCAGCUGCUAAUUUAUUCAAGAGACUCCGAAAUUCUGCUCCAUUUCCGACAAAAAAUUGGAGUUCGAUGCCAAAUGCAGGAGAACUGAGGUUUUCUGGUCAACAUAAUUUUGGAGGUCAUACUUGGAGUAGUAAUUGUAGGCAAGCAUUAAAAUGGGUCUUUCUGCAUGGACAAACUGUAACUAUCCUGGGAAUAAGUUCUGUAACUGCUUUAGCUGAAGAUGUUUCAAUUGAAUCAAGUUCUAAAAAUGCUACAAAUGAGGCUGAAAUUACUGGGUUACGUGAAAUUGAGGAUGGUUCAGUUAUAUCAAAUGUACAUACGUCUAAAUGGAGAGUUUUUACAGAUAAGGGAAGGGAAUAUUUUAUGCAGGGAAAACUUGAGCAAGCUGAAAGAUUUUUCCUAUCUGCAAUUCAAGAAGCUAAAGAAGGUUUUGGAGAGAGGGAUCCACAUGUUGCGGCAGCAUGUAACAAUCUGGCAGAGCUCUAUAGAGUGAAAAAGGCAUUUGACAAGGCAGAACCACUGUAUGUGGAAGCAAUAGAUAUACUAGAGGAGUUCUUUGGAAGAGAUGACAUUAGAGUUGGGGCUGCCCUUCACAAUCUUGGUCAAUUCUACCUUGUACAGCGAAAAUUAGAAAAAGCUCGCGUCUGCUAUGAGCGUUCUCUAAAGAUAAAGCGACGUGUUUUAGGUGAGGCCCACCCAGACUAUGCCGAUACAAUCUAUCAUCUUGGAACUGUUUUGUAUCUCCAAGGGAAAGAGGACUCUGAGGACCUAAUAUUGGAUUCUAUUCGAAUUUUGGAGGAUGGUGGGCAAGGGGAAUCCAUCUUAUGUAUCCGGAGAUUGCAAUAUCUUGCUCAGAUAUACACCAAGUCCAAUCGAUUUACUGAUGCGGAGAUUUUGCUGAGAAAGAUCCUGCAUAUAGUGGAGCUAUUAAAGGGAUGGAAAUCUUUAGACACUGUUGUUGCAGCUGAACGCCUUGCACUGACCCUCCAAUCAGUAGGACAGUUAAGGGAAGCAGCAGUUCUGUUACAGAGAUGUCUUGAUGCCCGAAAAGUCUUGCUUCCGGAAGAGCAUAUUCAGAAUGCUGCAAACAUGCUUCAUAUUGCUAGACUAAAAAUGCUCAACUCAAGCCAGCUAAGGAAGACGAAUAGUUCUCAAGCAAUGGAUGAGCUUGAUCUGGCGAAAGAUCUUUUGGGCAAUUCCAUAAGGAUUGCUCGGAAAGUACUCAUUCGACACAUGAAACCGGAAGAAAAUGAAGAAUUCACAGUAGUAUCUAGAAAGGCUGGGAAAGAUGGGCAUGUAGCAAUGAUGAUACUGCUGCAAUCACUUAAUGCUCUUGGGAUGUUGGAGAUGACGAAGCUGGAAAUACAGGAGUCCAGGGAGGAACAUCAAGUCGAGGCCGAUUCUGCGCUUCGACAGUGCAUUUCUGUUUUUAAGGAGUUUGGAUCUGUGCGGUAUUUAUCUGAUCAUCCCGAAGUAAAAGCUGAGUAUCUCUCAUGUUUAAGGCAUCUAUCUAAUUUGAUGAUCAGUCACAUGAAAACGAACAAAAAUUCACUGGAAGAACUAAAUGAUGAAAUUAAGCACGUCGAAGUUGAAAUUUCAAAAAGUAGAAGACGCGAAAUUUGA